AGUCCAAGAAGAGAACCUACAAACUAGACUGUAGAUGAGAAUCACCUGAUUGAACAUACACUCGGCCAGUUUCCUCCAGACCUACCUCUGCAUAGAGGCUCACCCACCAUAAGAACUGAGAAUUCCAGCCUAAGAUGGACAACAGUAACUGCAAAGUCAUUGCCCCUCUACUAACUCUGAGACAGCGGAGGGUGGUCACCAAAGAUGGCCACAGCACCCUUCAAAUGGAUGGGGCUCAACGAGGCCUUGCAUAUCUUCGAGAUGCUUGGGGGAUCCUAAUGGACAUGCGCUGGAGGUGGAUGAUGCUGGUCUUCUCUGCUUCAUUUGUGGUCCACUGGCUGGUCUUCGCAGUGCUCUGGUAUGUUCUGGCUGAGAUGAAUGGCGAUCUGGAACUAGACCACGAUGCCCCACCUGAAAACCACACUAUCUGUGUCAAGUACAUCACCAGCUUCACAGCAGCCUUCUCCUUCUCCCUGGAGACACAGCUCACAAUUGGUUACGGUACCAUGUUCCCCAGUGGUGACUGUCCAAGCGCAAUUGCCUUACUGGCCAUACAAAUGCUCCUAGGCCUCAUGCUAGAGGCUUUUAUCACAGGUGCCUUUGUGGCGAAGAUUGCCCGGCCAAAAAAUCGAGCUUUCUCAAUCCGCUUUACUGACUCAGCAGUAGUGGCUUACCUAGACGGAAAACCCAAUCUUAUUUUCCAAGUGGCCAACACACGACCCAGCCCUCUCACCAGCGUUCGGGUCUCAGCUGUCCUCUACCAGGAGAGAGGGGACGGCGAGCUCCACCAGACCAGUGUGGAUUUCCACCUCGAGGGCAUCAGUUCCCAGGAAUGCCCUUUCUUUAUCUUCCCGCUGACCUACUUUCACUCCAUUACACCAUCCAGCCCUCUGGCUACUCUGCUCCAGCAUGAAAAUCCCCCCUACUUUGAACUAGUGGUGUUCCUCUCAGCAAUGCAGGAAGGCACUGGAGAAAUAUGCCAAAGAAGGACAUCCUAUCUCCCCUCCGAGAUCAUGCUACAUCACUGUUUCGCACCUCUGCUGACCCGAGGUUCCAAAGGUGAAUACCAAAUCAAGAUGGAGAAUUUUGACAAGACUAUCCCUCAACUUCCAACUCCCCUGGUCUCUAAGAGCCCAAACAGGACUGAACUGGAUGUCCAUCUCAAUGGACAAAGCAUGGACAAUUUUCAGAUCUCUGAAACAGGACUGACAGAGUAAGACCUACCCAUGGCACCCUUCUUUUUUUAUGUUUUAAAUAUUCCCAGCUAGUUACACAGCUACCUUUCCUUCAUCCUAGCUCAUGUUUCCUUUUUU